AUGUCUCUCUUCACAGCUCUUAACUUUACUCCCGAUGAGGCUUUGCAGGAAGCAGAGCAACACUCCAGAGAGCUACAAAUCGAAGAGAGUUUUAGGGUUUUUCAAAGUGCUCUUUUCCAUUUGAAAGCCAAGCGGUUCAAUGAAGCAGCAGAAAAGUUCAGGCAACUGUUCAGUAUCGACGUCAUCAAACCAGACAAAUGGGGUAUGUAUAGAUUCUCGAGCCCUACGCUAGAUUCCUUACGCUACUUGGCUUACAGGAAUAGAGGGGUUUUCUACUAUCAAUAUCUAAGGGAGCACUAUCAGAAAUUGUCACCAGAAGAUGUCGUGGAUCAUAUUCUAAAAGUUAUUGAGAACUUAUUAGAAGCAAUUCAACAUUGUGAUUGUGAUGUAGCAGUGGUGGAACUUCUCAUAACAAUUGCCAAGAGCUUCAGAAGUGAAAAGUUGGAGCGUUAUCUUCUUGAGUAUGAGAUUUUGAAAGAGCCUGAGUUUAUUACGACAGUUGCCAGAAGACGGCAUAUCCUGCCUCAAAUGCAAAAAUCAAUUUAUGAUCUAGCGCAGCUUCUACAGAAAUUAAAGGACUAUGAAUCAAUAAACACUGGCUUUAUUCGCGAACUCAAGCACUUUAUCCAGGACAAGAGAUUUCCAGAAGUCAAUUUAGUACCUGUUCUAUCUCAGAUCAAGGAUAUGAAAAUAAGUGAUGAGCAUGCCAUGACAGAAUUGAAUGUGGUGGAAAUAGUCAUUGAUGAGGUUAGUUGGGAAGGUAUUGCAGAGUCAUUAAUGGCUGCAUUGCCAAAAUUCAAGAGUUCCAAUUUCUUUGGUCGAAUAUCUGACCCAUAUAGUGAGGUAGAUGAGCCAUUCGAGAAUGUAAAGCUAGUAGUGAAUGAUGUUGAAAAACCGCUCGAUAACGAAGAGGUGAAAGAGAUAGAGAAAGAUACUGCAGCAAAGGAAUCUGCUGUUUCUGAUCCGGUUAAUUCAUCCACUAUUAGUAUUCCGGGUUUGGAUUCAUCAAAGCGGAAUUCAGAUACUCAAGAAAGCUCGCGUUCGGUACAAAGAUCCAGUAAGCGCUUCAAAGAAAAAACACAAAUCACAGAUGAACCGGAAGUAAUGAGCGUACAUCAGUUUUUUUUCGAAGAUUUGAAUCACAUCUCCGCAGAAGUAGAUUCCAGCAUAAAAUUUGAGGUCGAAAAGUUCUCUCCCGAAGACACGCCACGAGAUUCGCCGAUUUUUACUGCUUUAACUGAUUUGUACGAUUGUUUAAGUUCAUGGACUAAUCGUCAUAGUGAAUUUUUGAAUCAAAAUGAAUCCAAACAGUCGUCUAAAUCUUCAGGAGCUGAUACGGAAAGCAUCUUUCAGCUCAAUUCUCUUUUCCGAACUAGUGUUCUAACAAAUGACAGCGGUCCGACGCAGUCACUGACUGACCUGCCGACCCAAUCAGUGAAGAACUUUAUUUCGGAAAUGAACGCAAGAUGCUCUCACUUUCAAGAAAUUCGUCUGAACUUGUUGGACAACUUGCUUUCAACAGAUGCAAAUGAUUUUUGUCUGAUAGUUGAUACAUUUUGGAGCCCGGUUUUGUUUAAGACGAUUGAAUCGUUCGUUUUAGGCAUAGAAACGAAUCUUUACAAGAUGUUGGAUUCAAAAUCCGUUGACUCUAUUUCUUUCGGACUUUCGGUAUAUGAGAUUUUGGUGAACAUGAUGGGUGAUAUUUACACCGGAAUUAGCCAUAAGAAGCUGCAGGGUCAAAAGAGCAAUGAACUAGAAACGCAAAGAAACAAGCUAGAGAGAAAAGUUACAAAGUGGUGUUUAUUCCUCGAAAGCGCCACCUUAAGCUUGCGCUCUCGCUUCAGAUUUUGGUGGACCAAGUUUUGUUACCUUCAAUAUACCACUGACAUUACUGACAAUAAGUUGGUGGAUGCAUUGAUUGACAUUGAAUCUGGAUUGAAAGAAGGUACUGAUUGUAUUGACAUUUCCUAUGCCAAUUAUUCGAAUAUUCCCAGAUUCAAUAUGAAGAUGGUACAGAAUCAACUUUCGAGAAUAAACAUGAUUAGAAAAGUGACCACCAUUGAUAUGAAUGAAGGUCAAAAAGAAGACACGACCUCUGAGCAGCAAAUUGAAAUUUUACGAGAAGCGUUAACUGGAGAAGCUACAGAAAUCAGUCAUCUGAAUGAUGAGGAAAAAUCUAUGGUGGAUUUCAUAUUAAAUUCUCCUUUUUUACUGAAAAUAAAGCUAUGGAAAAUUUUGAUGUCUUAUUAUAGCGAAAAUGAUCCGACAAAGCUUCAAAUGGUAUACUUCAAGAUAUUGAAAGUUCUAUAUGAUAAAAUUUGCUCUGAAGAUUAUGCCGCCCAAUCUCAAUUGCAACGUCAGCAAACCUUAUUAGCAACGAUAAACUCAAUUGGAUCUUUCACAGAUGAAUUCUUAAAGGUUUUUGGCGAUAAAUCGAAUUGGAAAUAUAUCGACCACUCUAUGCUUUCUCUCAACAUUGAUUUACUCCUUCAUGUUAUUUACUUGCUCUAUCCAAUAACUUUCUAUGAAAGCAUGUGCCAGCGAGACCACUUUCUCAAAUCCUUUUUCAGAAAAGCCGUGAAGUCGUCGGCAAAACUUAAGAAGAUUUUCAUUGAUUUACUCUCCGUGAAUUUGUUGUUCUAUUAUAUCUUCUCUAGCGCUCGGAUUGAUGAUAACAAAGACAACUCUGUACUAAAUUUAAUUUGGACGACUCACUCGCUAACGGGAAAAUUUGGUUUUUGUGAUUCAUCCCACGGCAUUCUCUUGAACUUAGCAGAGCUUUUGCUUUGUAAAGCUCCAAAUGACACAUCAUUCAUCCAGCUGAAACAGGUAUUGUGGUGCAGAUAUCAUCUACUUGUUAGUGGAGAUAGCUCUGUGUCCGUAGAGCACACCACUAAGGCAAUAAGUAUGAGCAAAGAAAGCGCUAUUACUAUUGGCACAUAUUUGAUAGAAUACCACUACGAGGGCAAAAAUCCUUUGCUUGCUACUGGCAAUAAAACCAACCUCAAGCAAAUACUGGAUCACGUCGUUCAAGUCAUUGGAGAUUUGAACUUUAACGGAAAUCACAUCUUAUGUCGUAAUCGUUUUUUUUUCGAGAAGUUCUUGGAUUCAUCGAUCAGCACUCGAACACUGAGAAACUCGUAUUCGGGAAACCUCUCUCUGGAAUUCACCAAGCCUAACGAUCAUUUGCAAGGUGCGGUAGACUCAGGUGUUUUCUUUGUUGCUGGAGUUCAAAACCUCAAUCUUUACAGAAUUCGCAAAAAAGCUACGCAAGCCCGCCCUUCGGAACUUGAUUCCAUUAUUUCAAUGUUGAAAACAGACAUUUUAUACAACACUGAAAGGUUCGAAAGCUGGUUUCUGUUGGGAAGGUGUUACUCCUAUGUGGUGGAGGACGAUCUGAUAUGGACAUCAGAUAAGCUCGCAUACCCAGAAAAGCGAAAGGGGACGACCUCGACGCAAAGAAAAGCGAUCCUAUGUUACCUUAUGGCUUUGAGUUUAUCUCAACAAACUCCUCCACAGCAAAGUGUCAGCCAAGAAAUGGAUCGAGAGAUUAUUUUGAAGGACUUAUUUGAGACCCUUUCUGAAGAGAUGCUGAACGGCUACUUAAAGCCUAUGGAUAAGUCCUGCUUUCAGUGGGAACCUCCUGCUACGGUGAGACUAUGUGAAAACGGAGAAAUAAUUUCAGCCCCCGUUUACGACAAGCAAUCGAUUAGUGAUUUCAAUGUUCAGCAGGGUAUUUUCCUAGGUUUUGUGAAAGCAGAUGAGCUUUCUGUGAACCAGGAAAGACAAAGGAGUAUUCAGAGGAAUUGGAAAAACUUGUAUUAUAUUUCCAAGCUUCAAUUUAAAUUGAAUGUCCUCAGUUACGCUGAGAGUGACCAUGAAGUGGCUUUACAAGCAUGCGAAUUGGCAGGUAUUGUAUCUAAGAUUAAGAAUCCCAUACUAGAGCCUCACUACUUUUUGGUUUCGUCAAUUUACAAGUGUGUGAAGUUGGAAGCUUUGUCCGUGCCCAGGGCACUGGACGUUUUAUCAAAGAAUAAUACAUUUUUUCAGAAGGACUCUUCUUUCUGGGAAGUGACCCACUCUGAAGAGAAUAACACGUCGGAAUUUAACCUCAAGAUUAUUGAUUUAUUGAGAAUAAUCUUGAGCCAUGAUAAAAUGAAGUGGCAUCAUCGUCCUAAAUAUAGGAUAGCAAGGAUCUUGUACGAAGAUAUGAAGGACCUCGAAGGAGCAAUGGCAGAAAUGGAUGACUUGAUGUUCUUGAAAAGCAGCAAUAAGAAUCUAGUCAAUAUAUGGAAACCAGAUCUCGAAAGGCCAGGGAAGCACUUCGCAUAUACAUAUCAGUACGUCAUGUUCUACCUGGACAUGCUCUUCUGCAGUGAGGACUACGUAUCAAUCGCUUUAGUAGCGAAGAAGCUCAGAAGGUUUGGCCCCGGAAUGAUCAACGUCAGUCAGGCGACAGAACGAGCUAUGAGGCUUUUCUGCCUCUGUGUUCAGUCGCAAUUUCAGGUCAAUGAAAAGGAAUAUGCGGAUAAACUUCUACCAUCUUUGAAUUAUCAGCUUUUCCUCAAAAAUAGUGCUGAUCUAUUUCAAGCGUUCAACAAGGCAGAAUACGAUCCCAAAGUUUUGGAAGUUCUCGCACAUGCUUAUCAACUCAAAAAGGGCAACAACGGCUACGAUGGAAUAUGUCUAGCCAUCUACUUCAAGUUUUUAUAUCUGCCAUUCGUGGAAAAGAAAGAAGCUGCAAAAACGGCUACACCUGCUUCGAAUAUUAACACUGAAAAGGAUGCUGGGACGGGAUCCGGGCAUGUGAAUACUUCAAUGAAAGUUAAGGGUAAUAAUACUCGAAAGAGAGUUAGCAAGAAAGAUGCCUUUGAUAAAAUAGCUGGAAUAGUUGAGAAAAAGAUCACGUGA